GGUCCCGCCCUUGCCGCCAUUGGCUGGUGCGCGGGCGGGUUUCCCGCGCGCGCGGCCGGGCGCGAUGGCGGCGGAGCGGGGCCUGGAGCUGGUGCGGGAGCUGCACCGCGCCGCCGGCGGGCACCUCCCGCCCUUCCGGACGGAGGAGAUGCGGCAGGCGCUGGAGGAGAUGCGGGCGCUGUACGAGCGGAACCAGGCGGACGUGUCCGAAGCGAAGGCGGGACGGACGGACCUGAUUUUCCUCAUCCGGUUCCGGCACUGCUGCCUGCUCCGGAACCAGCGCUGCCUCCUGGCCUACCUGUAUGACCGGUUGCUACGGAUCCGAGCACUGAGGUGGGAGUAUGGCAGCGUUCUGCCCAACACCAUCCAGUUCCACAUGUCAGCUGAGGAAGUGGAGUGGUUCAAUCGGUACAAAAAGUCUCUGGCUACCUACAUGAAGUCAGUGGGAGGAGAGGAGGGGCUGGACCUCACACAGGACAUCAAACCUCCUAAAAGCCUGUACAUUGAAGUGCGGUGUUUAAGAGACCAUGGGGAGUUUGAGAUCGAUGACGGCACUACCAUCCUGUUGAAGAAGAACAGCCAGCACUUUUUACCCCGCUGGAAAUGUGAACAGUUGAUCAGACAAGGAAUCCUGGAGCACGUUCUGUCCUAAGUGUGCAAGACAGGAGGGACAGCUCUUGCUUGGUGAGCCGCCCACAAUGGGAACUGAGCUCUGGUGUGUGCAGGACUUCAGAGACCUCAGUAUUUCUGCACUGGCACCCUGCCACUCCUAAUAGCCUUUGAUGCCUUAAAACCACAGCUCUUCAUGAGCAAAGGGUGCAUGCUGGUAAUACAGCAAUCCUGGGAAUCCAGGAUAGUGGGGGGGCAUUAUCCAAGCCCCACAGCUACACCCAGGGUUUGUGAAUGCAUCUUUCUUUGGAGUAGUUCUUUGUUCACACUGUGCAUGUAAGACACCAACUGUCUGGGCUCUAGAAGCCAGGAAAACUCCAUGGUUGCAAAAUAAAGAACUCCUUCAGCCUCAGUCUCUUGGA